AUGGAGCGUAAUGGAGUUGAGAGCUCAAAUAAUUUUCACAUAGCCAUGUUCCCAUUCUUUUUAAUAGGACACAUGAUUCCUUUCCUCCACCUCUCUAAUGAGCUGGCUAUUAGAGGCCAUAGAAUCUCUUUCUUAACGCCCAAAAAAGCUCAAAUUCAGCUACAACAUCUUAAUCUUCACCCAGACCUAAUCACAUUUUGUCCCAUCACUGUCCCUCACGUUGAAGGCCUCUAUGAGGGCAUUGAGUUUGCCUCUGAGGUCCCGACAACUUUGAUCCAUUUGUUCUAUGUUGAUGUGGAUCAAAACUGUAAGCAAAUCCAAGAAAUCCUAAAAGCCAGUGUCCUCGACCAUAAGAUCGACAUGAUUUUCUACUACUUUGUUCAUUGGGUACCAGAAUUCACAUGGAAACUUGGGGUUGGGAUCAAAUCUAUUUACUACAUCACUACAGCUGCAGCUGUGCAUGCAUUCUCUAUUGUGCCGGCACGAAAUUACAGCCCUAGCCUUACUGGUACUAUCAUCAAGGAGCAACUACGCGACCUACCUUCUGGAUACCAAUCACAACAUGUGGUGCUGCUUCCUGGUUGUGAAAUUCACUCCAUGUUAGUGUUAUGGAAGCCGUUUGGAUUAGGUGGGCUCAUACUUUACUAG